GCGCCCAAAGCCCAGGGCUGGCAGGUGUGCUGCGGUGGAGAGGCUGGGGCGCUGGUCCAGGGCGAUGCCUCGGCUCUGUGCUUUGCUGGCCCUCGGCUGCCUGCGGCUGUGCUGGGGGGUGAGCCUCCAGCCCCAGCUGGCCAGCGUGACCUUUGCCACCAACAACCCCACCCUCAGCACGGUGGCCUUGGAGAAACCCCUCUGCAUGUUCGACAGCACCGAGGCCCUCCACGGCACCUAUGAGAUUCACCUCUACGGCCUGGUCGACUCGGGCAGCCUCAGGAACGCCUCCGUGCAGGACAGUGCCCAUGCCCCGCUGAGCGCCACCUUCCAGCAGACGGGCGGAGGGAGGACAGGCCCCUACAGGGCUGCGGCCUUUGACCUGACCCCCUGUAGCGACCUGCCCAGCCUGGAUGCCGUGGGGGAUGUGUCCCGGGCCCCGGAGAUCCUGGACGCCUACCUGUUCCGGGUGGGCGCCAACGGGACCUGCCUGUCCGACCCCAACUUCCACGGCCUCUGCAACCCGCCCCUGUCAGCCGCCACGGAGUACAGGUUCAAGUACGUCCUCGUCAACGUAUCCACGGGCUCGGUGCAGGACGAGAGCCUGUGGUCCAACCCCAUCCGCACCCGCCGGCCCACCCCGUACGCGGCGAUCGACACAUGGCCCGGCCGGCGGAGCGGCGGCAUGAUCGUCAUCACGUCCAUCCUGGGCUCCCUGCCCUUCUUCCUGCUCCUGGGCUUGGCCGGCGCCGUCGUCCUGAGCCUCGUGGACGUGGGCGGCUCUGACGGGGAAACCACGCACGAGUCCCAGAUCACCCAGGAGGCCGUCCCCAAGUCCCUGGGGGCCUCGGAGCCCUCGUACGGGGCUGUGACCCGGGGGCUGCCCCUGGACAGGGCCGAGGCAUACAGCGGCAAGCUCCAGGCCUGA